GCGCCUCGGACCCCGCCCGCACGGACAGCGCCGCGGGAAAUGCAUGCCGGGGGAAGAGGAGCUGCUUAAUGGAUCAUGGCUCUGAUGCUUACAGGGCAUACCUUAUUUCUAGCAUUAAUGAUGUUUGCUGUCUUCACUUUUGAAGAAUCUGUAAGCAAUUACUCUGAUUGGGUGACUUUUAUGGAAAAUAUAGAUCAAUAUGAGAAAGAGAAACUUGGUAGUCUUGGUGCUGAGCAGAAGCUGAAAAAAGCAGUUCUUCAUCCAAGCUUGUAUUUCGAUGCUGAAGAUGUCCAUGUGUUGAGGCAGAAAGCUCACACAAGCCAUUCACAUAUAUUCAGAACCAUCAGGAGUGCAGUGAUGGUUAUGUUAUCCAACCCAUUGUACUACCUACCUCCACCCAAACAUGUUGAUUUUGCUGCAAAGUGGAAUGAGGUUUAUGGUAACAAUCUGCCACCUCUAGCAUUUUAUUGUUUGCUUUGCCCUGAAGAUAAAGCUGCAUUGGAUUUUACUGUGGAGUAUAUGGACAGAAUGGCUGCUUACAAGAACUGGUUGGUUGAGAGCGCGCCUGGUGAUGAAGUCCCACUUGGCCACUCCCUAACAGGAUUUGCCACUGCUUAUGACUUCCUCUAUAAUUCACUGGAAAAUGUGAGAAGACAAAAAUACCUGGAGAAGAUACGGUCUGCAAGCAAGGAAAUGUUUGAGUACUCAAAGGUUCGUUCCUGGGGAAAGCAGCUUCUUCACAAUCACCAAGCAACCAACAUGCUCGCUUUGCUUACUGGAGCUUUAGUGACUGGUGUGGACAAUGGAUCUCAGGCAAAUAUUUGGAAACACGCUGUUGUUGAUGUGAUGGAGAAAACAAUGUUUCUGCUCAGUCACAUUGUAGAUGGGUCUCUGGACGAGGGAGUAGCUUAUGGGAGUUACACUGCUAAGUCAAUAACACAGUAUGUUUUCCUGGCACAGCGACACUUUGGUAUUAACAACUUGGAAAAUAAUUGGCUCAAAAUGCACUUUUGGUUUUAUUAUGCCACCCUAUUACCAGGCUUUCAAAGGACUGUGGGUGUAGCAGAUUCUAAUUACAAUUGGUUUUAUGGUCCUGAGAGCCAGCUGGUUUUCUUGGAUAAGUUUGUCCUGAAGAAUGGAGCUGGCAACUGGCUGGCACAGCAAAUUAGAAAACACAGACCCAAAGAUGGACCAAUGGUGCCAUCCACUGCACAGCGGUGGAGCACUCUGCACACAGAGUUUAUAUGGUACUCUGCUGAAAUCACUCCUCAACCACCUCUUGACUACGGCACUGCUAAAAUGCACGUGUUUCCUAACUGGGGAGUUGUUACUUAUGGGGCUGGAUUGCCAAGCAGUCAGACAAACACGUUUGUGUCCUUCAAGUCUGGAAAACUUGGUGGACGAGCUGUUUAUGAUAUCGUCCACUUUCAACCAUAUGCCUGGAUUGAUGGAUGGAGAAGUUUUAAUCCUGGACAUGAGCAUCCUGAUCAGAACUCUUUCACUUUUGCUCCCAAUGGGCAGGUGUUUGUAUCUGAGGCUCUCUAUGGACCUAAACUCAGCCACCUGAACAAUGUCUUGGUGUUUGCCCCAUCUCCUACAAGCCAGUGCAAUCAGCCGUGGGAGGGACAGCUUGGUGAAUGUGCCCAGUGGCUGAAGUGGAUUGGUCAUGAGGUUGGAGACUCAACUGGGGAAAUUAUAACAGCCUCCCAGUCUGGGGACAUGAUGUUUGUGAGUGGGGAGGCAGUGUCUGCUUAUACAUCAGCAAUGAAAUUGAAAAGUGUGUAUCGCAUUUUACUGCUUUUAAAUUCUCAGACCUUGUUAGUAGUAGAUCACAUCGAGAAGGAGGCAGACUCUCCUGUUAAUUCAGUCAGUGCCUUUUUUCAUAAUCUUGACAUUGAUUUUAAAUAUAUACCUUAUAAAUUUAAGAACAACUACAAUGGAGCUAUGAUGGAUGUGUGGGAUGCCCACUACAAGAUGUUUUGGUUUGAUCAUCAUGGGAGUAGUCCUGUUGCUAGGAUACAAGAGGCAGAACAAGCUGCUGAAUUCAAAAAGCGAUGGACUCAGUUUGUAAAUGUUACCUUUCCGAUGAAAAGCACUCUUACAAGGAUUGUUUACCUUUUCUAUGGCCCAUACGUCAAUGUUUCUAACUGCAGACUCAUUGAUAAUGUAAAGUCUGGAUUUCAGAUAUCACUUAGUGUCAACAGCACCGAAAAUACUGUUUCUGUUGUGACUGAUCAUCAGAAUUUAAAGGCCAGGUUUGAUUACUUGGGAUUUGGUGGUUUCGCCAAAGUUGUUCAUGAAAACAAAGUGACUAAGUUUGGUCUAGGUACUGAAUCCGUGGAAAAAUUGAUUAAAAAUAAUAGGGCAGUUUUGCCAUUUGGAUUCAAAGUGAACAUAAUUGCAGGGUUAAUUUUAGGUGUUAGUUUAGUCAUACUGGCCUUUCAGUGGCGGUUUUACAUAUCCUUCGGUAAAAUGUUGCGUUGGAUCCUGAUACUGGUUAUUGCACUGUGGCUUAUUGAACUGGUUGAUGUAUGGAGCAUGUGUACUCAGCCAAUCUGUGCAAAAUGGAGCAGUGACUUGACAAGGCUAGAACACGACGAAGGCAAUAAAGCCAAACAAUUAGAAGGGACUCCCAUUGUUUUUCCAGAUGUUAUAAUUACUUCACUUCCCGCUUCUGGUGCAGAAAUUUUAAAACAGCUGUUCUUUAACAGCAGUGACUUCCUAUAUAUGAGGAUACCUACAGCCUAUCUAGAAAUUCCUGAGAGCGAAUUUGAAAUUGAUUCUUUUGUAGAUCCGUGUGAAUGGAAGGCUUCUGAUGUUCAGAAUGGGCAUUUCCAUCUUCUCAAGGGGUGGCUCCAGUCUCUAGUUCGAGACACAAAAUUACAUUUACAAAACAUUCAGUUAUAUGAAGCCAGCAGAAGUAAAAUUACUCAGCAUUCUGCCAUAAGCAAGGACAAAAAGAAAAGAUCCAAAAAGAGAGAAUCUCUGUCGGAGCAAAGAAGUAGGGCAAGAGUGAGUCAAGAUAAAGAUGCUGAAUAUAUUAGGGAAUUGAGGAGACACCUUGUUUAUUAUCCUAAUGCACGACCUGUGCUUAGUUUAAGUAGUGGGAGCUGGACGUUAAAGCUUCCCUUCUUUCAGGAAAUCCUAGGACCAUCAAUGAGAGCAUUAUAUGUAGUAAGAGACCCACGGGCAUGGAUAUAUUCAAUGCUGUACAAAAAUAAGCCAAGCCUUUACUCUUUGAAAAAGGUACCACAGAGCUUAGCUGCGAUGUUUAAAUGGGAAAAUGGUAAAGGAAAGUGUAGUAUCAAUGAAGGCUAUGCCUUUGAAUACGAAUCAUUAAGAAAAGAAUUUGCAAACUCUAAUUCAAAUGCUGUUUCUGUGUUGUCCCAUUUAUGGCUAGCAAACACAGCAGCAGCACUGAGAAUAAAUGGAGACUUGCUGCCAACAAAUUAUCUGAUGGUCAAGUUUGAAGAUAUUGUGAGCUUUCCUCAGAAGACAGCUGAAACAAUUUUUGCCUUUCUUGGUAUUCCUCUUCCUCCUGCUAGCUUAAACCAAAUAUUAUUUGCCACUUCCACCAGUCUUUUCUAUCUUCCUUAUGAGGGGGAAAUUUCACCAAGUAGCAUUCAUGCCUGGAAGAGAAACAUGCCCAAGAAAGAAAUUAAACUGAUUGAAGAUACCUGUUUUUCUCUAAUGGAACACUUAGGAUACCCAAAGUUUGUAGAAUAAAUGCUGCUGGUCAGCAGAAAUUUGCACUAGUCAUCUCUGACUCCCAAUUUGUGGAUAAAUAUUAGAGAAGUUUGUUUAUUCUUGUAAAAUGUGUACAGUCUGCUACUUUCAGAGAAAUUAUUUUAAGAAAAAUAUAGUUGUUCUUGAAGGUGUGAUUUUUGUUAUUAUUAUU